AUGAGCGAGUCCAACUCCACAAUCCACCGGUGGAACAUCGUCCACAAGCUCGAGAAACGCAGCCUCCUUAUCGCCAUCAACUGCAUCGCCGGCCUGUCCAUCUUCUUCUUCGGCUAUGACCAGGGCAUGAUGGGCGGCGUCAACAAUGCCAAGGACUACAUUGAGCUGAUGGGCAUCGGUCACACGGCCACCAUUGACGGCGACCGCAACGUGCCGGUCAUCACGAACAGUCUCCUGCAGGGAGGGAUUGUCUCUGUGUACUACCUAGGUACCUUGGUUGGAGGGCUCGGUGGCGGAUGGUUUGGAGAGAAGUUUGGACGUAUCAUGACUAUUGCCGUCGGCGCGGUUUGGGCGAUUGUCGGUGCUGCCCUUCAGUGUUCUGCGGGGGAUCAUGUUUGGAUUAUUUGUGCCCGCCUGGUGAACGGAGUUGGCACUGGAAUUCUGAAUGCCAUCGUCCCGGUCUGGGCUACCGAGGCCGCCGAGUAUACCUCACGAGGCCAGUUCAUCGCCAUGGAGUUUACCCUAAACAUUUUCGGCGUUGUGGUCGCAUACUGGAUUGAAUUCGGCCUUUCCUUCAUCGACGGUGGUAAUUCCGCAUUCCGCUGGCGAUUUCCCAUUGCGUUCCAGAUCAUCCCUCUGAUAAUCCUCCUUGUCGCUGUGUGGUUUUUCCCCGAGUCCCCGCGGUGGCUUGUCAAGAUGGGCCGUGAGCAGGAAGCGCGGUAUAUUCUUGGCCGCCUGCGUGGUGAUGCUGUCACGGCAGAGGCGGAAUUCCAGGAUAUCUGCAAUAUCGCCGAGUUGGAAAAGACGAGGGAGUUCAAUACGUCGUACCUCGCGAUGAUUACGGGACGAGGAUCUGGGGAUCUGCAUAUUGGACGCCGCGUGCAACUUGUUGUGUGGCUCCAGAUUAUGCAGGAAUGGGUGGGGAUUGCUGGGGUGACGAUUUACGCACCUGUUAUCUUCCGCAUGGCAGGCUUCAGCACAGAGAAGAGCCAGUGGGUAAGCGGGUUGAACAAUAUCUUCUACAUGUUCUCAACCCUAAUUUGCGUCUUCACUCUCGAUCGGAUCGGCCGCCGCUGGACCCUCUACUGGGGCUCCGUUGGCCAGGGCAUCGCCAUGUUCCUCGCUGGGGGGUUCUCCUACCUCUGCCAACAAGCUGAUACCGCGGAGCACGCAGCAUCCUAUGGCGCAGCGGCCGCGUCCAUGGUGUUUAUCUUCACAUUCAUCUUCGGUGCCACGUGGCUGACCGUCCCGUGGCUGUACCCGGCGGAGAUUUUCCCGCUCGCGGUCCGGGCCAAGGGCAAUGCGUGGGGGGUUGUGGGGUGGAGUAUUGGGAAUGGAUGGUUGACCCUCCUCUGCCCCGUCAUGUUCUCAGCAAUCGGUGAAAAGACGCUGUACAUCUUCGGCAUAGCCAAUGCGAUCUCCAUUCCCAUGGUUUGGGCCCUGUACCCCGAGUCGAACCAGCGCACACUCGAGGAAAUGGAUCUGCUGUUUGCCGCCAACACUCCCUGGAAUUGGGAUGCAGAGCGCAACUUCAAGGUCCUCAUGGAGAACAGUCCGAGCCUUGGAAGGGCAGUGAAGGUCUGCGACGGGGACAAGGGCGACAUGGAAGAUAAGCCGGGGUCUGAGCAUGUCUCGUCUUGA